CGCCGGAAGCACCGGAAGCGCCCGGGACAGAAGGCGCUCCAGGAGAUCCGCGUCUACCAGCGGAGCACGGAGCUGCUCAUCCGCAAGCUGCCGUUCGCGCGGCUCGUGCGCGAGAUCUGCAACGAUGAAACCGGCAACGCCGAGUUCCGGCAAGCGUCGGCGAUCUCCGCGCUCCAGGAGGCGACCGAGGCCCACGUUGUCCAGCUCUUCGAGGACGCCAACCUCUGCGCGAUCCACGGGAAGCGCGUGACCAUCAUGGUCAAGGACAUCCAGCUCGCGCGACGAAUCCGCGGC